UUCCACCUUCUUCUUCUUCUCCCCUCUGGAGAGAGGAAGACCCUUUGAGAAUCUGAUGAAUCAACCAUGUCGCUGAGAUCACUUAAUACAGCAGCAAUCGCGAUCAUGUUGGGAUUCGCAUUUCUCAUUCUCUUCUUCUCUGGAUUCCUCCAACUUCCUUCUUUAUCUUCGCCGAUCCUUGCUGCUACUGACUACAAUUAUACAUUGUUCUACUCCGAUUCUUCGCCGGAUCCCUUCACGGACCUUCUUGGGGCAUUCAGGAAGUGGGAUUCCCAGGUUGGUUGUUCUACGUUUAGAGAGAAACACAAACUGCACUCGGAAAAUCAGUCAAGGUCGUCUUCUUUGCAAGAUGCAGAUGGACAAUUGGUUUGCAAUGACUUGAAAAUGAAUCAUGUGAAUAUUUUGGUUAAAGGUUGGACAUGGAUUCCUGAUAAUUUGGACAAUCUAUACUCUUGCCGUUGUGGGUUGAGCUGUUUAUGGACCAAAUCAUCUGUUCUUGCCGAUAAGCCGGAUGCUCUGUUAUUUGAGACCACUACACCUCCUCUUCAGAGACGAAAAGGAGAACCUCUACGUGUAUACAUGGAUCUUGAGCCUGGCCGAAAGAAAUCUGGUUUUGAGGAUAUAUUUAUAAGCUAUCACGCCGACGAUGAUGUCCAGUCAACUUAUGCAGGCGGACUCUUCCAUAAUAAUCGAAACUAUCAGCUAUCCCCUUCCAAGAACAGUGAUAAGCUUGUUUAUUGGUCCUCAUCACGAUGUCUUCCACGAAGAGACAACAUUGCUAGAACUAUACUAAAUUUGCUUCCGCACCACUCAUUUGGAAAAUGCUUGAACAAUGUUGGUGGGACGAAUAUGGCACUUUCGCUCUACCCAGAAUGUAUCAAAGAGCGCGGGGCAUCCCCAAAAUGGUGGGACCAUCUACAUUGCUCCAUGUCUCAUUAUAAGUUUGUGCUUGGGAUUGAGAACACGGUUACUGAAAGCUAUGUGACUGAGAAGUUGUUUUACGCUUUGGACUCGGGUGCAAUCCCUAUAUACUUUGGAGCAAAGAAUGUGUGGGACUUUGUCCCUCCCAAUUCGAUCAUAGAUGGGAGCAAAUUUGAGUCGAUGGAGGAUCUAGCUUCUUAUGUGAAGGCACUUGCUGAUAAUCCUGUGGCUUAUGCCGAAUAUCAUGCUUGGAGAAGAUGCGGUGUUAUGGGUAACUAUAGAAAGGCGCGUGCUGCCAGUUUUGACUCGUUGCCUUGUCGGUUGUGUGAGGAAGUUAGUAGAAGAAAUGGGCGAGAUGCUAAAGCCUAGAAAUGCAUAAGAUUUACUUUUGGAGUUUGAAGUUGGUUUAGUGUGGUUCCAACAUAUAUUCACUUUCUUGUAGAGAUUAUAUAGGACAUGUUAUAUUGCAAAAGUGGAGCCCCUCCUAAAGAUGGCAGUUGUUUGUAUUCUCUCUUUCAAUUGAUUCUUCAAUUAUUGCCUGU